UAGUUGACUAACGUAGACCCCCCAAGUUCGUUUUUGGGGGGUCUACUAGCUAGCUAGAGCUGGCUAGUCGAGGGGGUCACGGCGUCACGGCGUCACGGCUUCUGAAGGAAAGAAAAGGCGGAAGAGGACAACACCGGGCAACGUUGACGAUGAACAACAGCAGCGCGAAAGAAAUCUCUCGUGAUGAGAUGCUUGCGAGCUUCUUGACAGACGAAGCUCUGAAUGAUGUGACACUAAAGGGAAACGAUGGAGUGGAAGUCUUUGCCAACCGGUUCUUGCUGUCGGCACGCAGCCCUGUCUUUCGUGCCAUGUUCCUUGGCAAAUUUCGAGAGGCGUCCUCCCCAGUGGUGGAGAUUGACUUUCGAGGAUGCGUCUUGCAAGCUGUUGUGGAGUACAUCUACACAGAUCGUGCAGGGAUGACGAGCUGCAAAAAGCGCAAGAACGAGGAUGGCCAGGUUUUUGAUUCCCAGCGCAUCCAGUCGCUGGUGUCAUUGGCGGCUGCUGCGUCUUUCUUUGAACUUUCUGGCUUGGGAGAGUCUGUUCUCAAGAAGUUCGAACAUAUUUGGGGAAUGUACCCCCUGUCAUCGUUUGAAAUCUUCCAGGCGUGUCGAAUGGCGGGUCCUUCUAUUCCAACUGCCAUGCUGGGAAAAGCAAGAACUCGUGUGCGAAGGACUCCAGCAGAUUGCAUCACAAAGGAUCGUAUCCAUUGUUUGAGCCCUGAUGUCCUGGAAGAAAUUCUCAAAGAUCCCGAGAUGCAAAUGUCUGAAUGCCAGCUCUUUCGAAUCCUAAGCCUUUGGGCUCAAGGCACUUUGCAGGGUGAAGACCGCAAGGGCAUUGCGAAGGAUCUGUCAAAGCACAUUCGCUUUGAAAAAAUGGACCCACAGAUAUUGUCAACGACAAUCACCGCAUCAGGUCUAGUCGCUUCUGAACAGCUAUUGGAAGCGUACAAGCAUCAAGCCUUGGAAGCUAGAACGAAGUCAAAACCCCCAACCUUCUCGGCGAGUAGAGGAAUUCCUGAGACUACGACAUGGGCUGUUCAACCUCGACUUUCGUCUGGAAAUCCAGUAGAGAUUUUGGUACAAGGAGCAGGCUCCGAGGCUGUCAAUGGCAUUUUUGUUCGCGAUGGGACCUUCAAUGGACACUGUCGGUACAUCAAGCCAGGCACCUACGGAGAGGCCUCUUGCCUUUUUUGGCUAUACAGAUGGAACAGUGGCAGAAAGGAAUUCUGGGUUAUUUCCAUCAUCGCAGUUGGGGAGAUGCCAGGAUCUUGUCCUCGAGAAGAGAAAGACUUCUACAAGAUGGAAGGCUACGGUUCUGAUCCACCUUCGUCGGGGUGGGAAAAGGCGGACCCGAAAUAUGGGGUUGAACCAUCUCCAAAUUUGCUUAGCAGAUACUACAAGAAGUAGAGCAACAUCAUCGAAUGAUGAUGCUACUUUAAGUACAGUUACUGCACACCCAACCUGAUGAAUGCAAAUUGAGGCCGACAUGUCCUCGCAAGUACAUGGAAUGAGAGAGAAGAAACUACUGGUGUCGACAGCUAGCUAGACUAGUGGAUUAGUUGAGAUGUCUACAAAACGUAAAGGUAACCGGGAUCUACUUUAGACGCUUCAGGCUC